AUGGCUCUAUUCCGUUGUACCGCAGCACGAUGCUUAGAAUUCCAAAAAAUAAGCUCAACAACAAUUAUCCGUUCUUUGUCAGCUGAGACAACGGAUUUGAAGAAAGUCCUUGCUGAGAAAAUCCCGAAAGAGCAGGAACGUGUAAAGAACUUCCGUAAACAGCAUGGAGGUACCAAAAUGUACGGAGGUAUGCGUGGUAUCAAGGGUCUAGUUUGGGAGCCAUCAGUAUUGGACCCAGAAGAGGGUAUCAGGUUCCGUGGAAAGUCAAUCCCGGAGUGCCAGAAGCUGUUGCCAAAGGCACCAGGUGGCUCCGAGCCACUUCCAGAAGGUCUCUUCUGGCUGCUGAUCACCGGAGACCUGCCCACUGAGGCCCAAGUGAAGGCUAUCUCCAAGGAAUGGGCAGCCAGGAGCGCUCUGCCUGCCCACGUGACCAAGGCCCUGAACGACUUCCCGAAGACUCUCCACCCCAUGACCCAGUUCUCGGCGGCGAUCACGCUGCUCAACAGCGAGAGCGAGUUCGUUAAAGCCUACAGCAGCGGAGUCCACAAGUCUAAGUACUGGGAGACGACCUACGAGGACUCGAUGAACCUGAUCGCUAAGCUGCCCGUGGUUGCUGCGACUAUCUACCGCAACAUCUACAAGAACGGCAAGGGCUUGGGCUCCGUCGACAGCGGCAAAGAUUGGUCCUGGAACUUCGCGAACAUGCUCGGUUAUGACAACAAGGAGUUUGUUGAACUGAUGAGACUCUACCUCACCAUCCACACGGAUCACGAAGGUGGAAACGUAUCUGCCCACACUACUCACUUGGUCGGGUCUGCUCUUUCCGACCCCUACCUCUCGCUGGCCGCUGGUAUGAACGGUCUCGCUGGACCUCUUCACGGUCUGGCUAACCAGGAAGUCCUCGUCUGGCUGAUGAAGCUCAAGUCUCAGGUUGGAGAAAAUCCCUCCGAUGAGAAGCUCAAAGAAUUCAUCUGGAGCACGCUCAAGAGUGGACAGGUUGUUCCUGGAUACGGACACGCUGUGCUCAGAAAGACUGACCCUAGAUACACUUGCCAGAGAGAAUUCGCCAUGAAACACCUUCCCAAUGACCCCAUGUUCAAGCUUGUCUCCCAAGUCUACAAGAUCGUCCCUCCAGUUCUAUUGGAGCUUGGCAAAGUAAAGAACCCAUGGCCCAACGUAGACGCUCACUCCGGUGUGCUCUUGCAAUACUACGGAAUGAAGGAAAUGAACUACUACACCGUUUUGUUUGGAGUAUCCCGAGCGCUUGGUGUUCUCUCCGCUCUGGUGUGGGACCGUGCUCACGGUCUUCCAAUUGAGAGGCCCAAGUCACUCAGCACAGAUCUCUUGAUGAAAUCUGUUGGAGCCUAA